AUGUCUUGGGAAACUAUUGCGGCUCAAAAGCGCGACGCUCUUAAAGCGUCCAUUCCGACAGAAUGGGUGAUUCCAGCAGAUAUUCUACCUCCUGAAACACAGGCAGAUGUGACAGGGUUUCCCAGAAAGUCUGGCUGGUUCACUGAGCGCGAGUUAGAGAUAACAUCAACUCCCGCACCUCAAAGUCUCCUCAAUAUAGCAACCGGCUCCUGGACAUCAGAAGAAGUCACUCGUGUCUUUUGCAAAGCCGCAGCCGCAGCUCAUCAAUUAACCAACUGUCUGUCCGAAAUCCUCUUCGACAAAGCCAUCGCUCGUGCACAAGAGCUUGACGAAUAUCACCGAACAACAGGCAGAACCAAAGGCCCAUUCCACGGCCUCCCAAUUUCAAUUAAAGACAAUUUCAAUCUCAUCGGCUGUGAUUCAACUGUGGGAUUUGCCUCUCUCGUCAACGAUCCGGCGACUUACAACAGCACUCUGACCGACCUCCUCCUUGAGGCUGGCGCCGUCCUCUACGUCAAAACAAAUGUUCCAACAGCCAUGAUGAUCGCCGAGUCUGUUAACAAUGUCUUCGGCCGUACUGUGAAUCCUCGUAAUCGAAACCUCACCUCUGGUGGAUCCUCUGGUGGAGAGUCAGCUUUAAUCGCCUUCGGUGGGAGUCGCCUUGGAGUUGGAACCGACAUCGGGGGAUCACUCCGAAUCCCAGCCGCAUGCACAGGAAUCUUCACUAUCCGUCCAUCCUCCGGCCGAUUCCCCAACUUUCAGACCCGCUCUGGUCUCGCAGGCCAAGAAGCCGUCAACAGCGUCAACGGUCCCAUGGCUCGAUCUCUGCAAGAAAUAAUCCUUUGGGCGAAGACCAUCGUUGAUCAGAAACCUUGGAUCAACGAUCCAAAGUGCUUGCCAAUUCCUUGGCGCGAUGUGACUCCCAAGCGAACUCUCAAACUCGCCGUCCUCUGGCAGGACGAGCAAGUCACACCAACACCGCCAGUCAGCCGAGCGCUGAAGGAGACGGUCGCAAAACUGCGACAGGCUGGCCACGAAGUUGUUGACUGGGAUCCGAAAUGGCACUCGAAGCUAGUCUCUAUCCUCGGUCGCAUGUUCGUCGCUGAUGGUGGGAAAUCAGUCCGCAAGUUGCUUGAUGCAUCAGAGGAGCCUUUCCGGCCGGAGAUGGAAGCGUACUCUCAAGCCACAGAGAUGGGCGUGUAUGACAUGUGGCAGCUGCAACUUGAGCGGAACGGGAUUUGUAAGGCAUACCUGGAUCAAUGGAAUGCGAGCGGCAUUGAUGCUAUUCUUUGCCCCACAACUCCAUACAGCGGCGUUGAGAACGGAAAGUUUGAUUAUAUCGGAUAUACUGGCGUUUUCAAUGUUCUCGACUAUCCUGCUGUUUCUUUCCCCUGUGGCGUGUCGGCCGAUAAGAUCAUUGAUGCAGUAUACCCUAACAGCGAUUCGUUGGGUAAGGUCGAUACGCAGAUUCGGAAUGAUUAUAAUGCGGACUCGGUUCAUGGAAUGCCUGUCAAUCUGCAACUUGUUGGACAGCGGCUCGAGGAUGAAAGUGCAUUAAUGAUGACAGAAGUGAUUCUGCAGGCGCUGAGUUGA